UUGUUAAAAGUUAUUUGUUGGCAGAAUUGCAUUUUCCUGUUUCACAAUGAGAACAACAACAUCAGUGAUAAAGUUAUUAUUGAUAGCAUUCAUAAUAAUCAUUACUUCAGUGCUCAUGGGGGUGUUUGUUUUUCGUGUGAGAGUAUUUAAUAACAGUGUCUUUGAUGCUAAAGAAUUUUUCAACGCAGACAAUUUUUUAAAUCGGCGUUAUUUUAGAAUAAAAAUCGACGACAUUGGAUAUGAUCCCAAUAACAGCAGAAGUGGAGAAGAGACGGAGAACAAUAGUAAAAGUAAUCGGUACAUUCACAAUCGAAAUAUCCAAGUUUACAAAAAGGAAGAUGUAGUCCGCUGUUUGGAUUCUUUGUCCAUGGAAAGAAACAGGCGACCAAUGCAUAUUGCUUUUGUCGGGGACUCGACUGUCCGUCAACACUUUCUCAGCUUUCUACGGUUUAUACCUGAUUAUGAUAGGAAGACUGCAAGCAUUUCUACUACCUUCGCUGAAUAUGCGUUUCAUGAGGACAUGAAUGUUACUAGCCGCCUACUGGACAAUUUGCGCGUCUCGUUCUACUGGCGCAAUUUAAUCAGAAGUGACUUGAUUGCCGAUUUUAGACGGUGGGCGUCUAAUGACAACGGCACCCAAGCACCCGACUUUAUUCUUCUUGGUAUAACAGCUCAUCACUUGAUCGUAAACAAUAGCGUAACAAGCAGUUUGGAAAUGUACGAAAAACUGAUGGAGGACGAACUAGUACCUCUGUUGAAACAAAGUCUCACUACUCACCCUCACCAGGAGAUUAUCUGGUUGCGCCAGAGCCUUACUAUUGAACAGCUUUCGCCUCAUGAAAACCAAGUGGCAUAUGGAAUUUAUCCAGACAAGAUACAAAAAUACAAUGCCAUUCUUCCUCGUGUAUUUAAGUAAAGAGGCACGAAAGUACUGAUGUGGGACGCAAUCAAUGGCAUCGUUGAAGAAUAUAUUCGCGCCUGUGCCUUGGUCAGAUACGAUCGUCGAGACAGAUUUUUGUACGAAAAUUGUAACGACAUUAUCCAUCCAGGAAUUGGUGCUUUAUCGUUGGGCACCCGACUCCUCAUCAAUCACAUUUGUGACCCAGCAAUCGGUCGCACUCGACGGUGAGCUAUAUUAAAGGAAAGUGAGUAUCAAGCAAUCAACAAAUCAUAACCAUAGUAAAAAAAAUGUUAGACUACAUAUAUCAUCCGUAUUCAAACUGGAGUAAUUGUUGUUGGAGUCAUUUUAUAAUAUAAUGAUCUAAAACAGUUUAAAAGAACAUAUUUUCUAAUAUUUCUUAUUAUCGAUCCUAGUACUUCAGUAAUUUUGAUUAAUAGAUAACUGUGCGCUACUUUUACAGUUUUACUUAUAAAAUUAGAAAUAAGCUAUGAAAGAUAUCAACUAUUUGAUGUAGUUUAGACUUUGAAUGA